AUGUCGACUGAGUCGCCGACGAAGCGUCGCCGCAACGGCGGUGAAGUUCGGGUCGUUCAGGUAAUUGGUGGCUCCGAGGUCCACAUCGGCCACGGCCUGCUCCGCAAGGUGCCAGAGAUGGCGCUGGCGGCAGGCAUCAAGGCAUCCCGAUUCGUCAUCGUGUCGGACGAGACGGUCUUCGGCCUUUACGGGCAGACACUGGUGGACGCGUUCGUGGCGGCCGGCCACACGCCGCUCACCUUCCAGGUCAAGCCGGGAGAGAACUCCAAGUGUCGCAUGUACAAGCAGCAGAUCGAGGACCAUAUGCUCGAGCACCGCUGCCAGCGAGACACGUGCAUGGCGGAGUGGUCGGCGACCUGA